GGGCGGCCCGGAGCAUGCCCGCGCGGCCCCGCUGAAUGGCGCCUCCCGUGCGACCCCUAGCCCGGCCGCGGCCCCCGGGGAUGCCGCCGCGCGCGCUCCUGCUGCUGCUGCUUUUCUGCUCUGUCCCAGGAGUGUGGUGUUUUAGCGAACUGUUUUUUAUAAAAGAACCACAAGAUGUAACUGUCACAAGAAAGGACCCAGUCUUUUUAGAUUGCCAUGCUCAUGGAGAAGUUCCUAUUAAGGUCACAUGGCUGAAAAAUGGAGCAAAAGUGUCUGAAAAUAAACGGAUCCAGGUUCUUUCUAAUGGCUCUCUGUACAUCAGUGAGGUGGAAGGCAGGAGAGGAGAGCAGUCCGAUGAAGGAGUUUAUCAGUGCUUGGCAGUGAACAAAUACGGAGCCAUUCUCAGUCAGAAAGCCCAUCUCACCUUGUCAACUAUUUCUGCAUUUGAAGUUCAGCCAGUUUCCACUGAGGUCCACGAAGGUGGAGUCGCUAGAUUCACCUGCAAGAUUUCAUCAAACCCUCCCGCAGCUAUAACAUGGGAAUUCAACCGGACAACUCUGCCUAUCACUAUGGACAGGAUAACUGCCCUUCCCAUGGGAGUGUUGCAGAUCUAUGAGGUUGGCCUAAUGGAUGCUGGGAAUUAUCGGUGUGUUGCUGCUACUGUAGGUCACAGACGUAAAAGCAUGGAGGCCUCUCUGUCAGUGAUUCCAGCUAAGGAGUCUGAAUCCUUCUAUACACCCACCAUUGUAGCAGGUCCACAGAAUGUAACAGUGUCUCUUCAUCAGACUGUUGUUUUAGAAUGCAUGGCCACAGGAAACCCCAAACCAAUCAUUUCCUGGAGCCGUCUUGAUCACAAGUCCAUUGAUGUCUUUAAUACACGGGUACUUGGGAAUGGUAAUCUCAUGAUAUCUGACGUCAAACUGCAGCACGCCGGAGUGUAUGUUUGCAGGGCCACUACACCAGGCACCCGCAACUUUACAGUUGCCAUGGCAACUUUAACUGUGUUAGCUCCUCCUUCAUUUGUUGAAUGGCCGGAAAGCUUAACCAGACCUCGGGCUGGCACUGCCCGAUUUGUAUGUCAGGCAGAAGGAAUCCCCUCGCCCAAAAUGUCCUGGUUAAAAAAUGGAAGGAAGAUACAUUCAAAUGGGAGAAUUAAAAUGUACAACAGUAAAUUGGUAAUUAAUCAGAUCAUUCCUGAAGAUGAUGCUAUUUAUCAGUGCAUGGCUGAGAACAGCCAAGGAUCUAUUCUGUCGAGAGCCAGACUGACCGUCGUCAUGUCAGAAGACAGACCUAGUGCUCCCUGUAAUGUGCACGCUGAAACCAUGUCGAGCUCAGCCAUCCUUUUAGCCUGGGAGAGGCCACUGUACAACUCAGACAAGGUCAUUGCCUACUCUGUGCACUACAUGAAAGCGGAAGGUUUAAAUAAUGAAGAAUAUCAAGUAGUCCUGGGAAAUGACACAACUCAUUAUAUUAUUGAUGACUUAGAACCUGCCAGCAAUUAUACUUUCUACAUUGUGGCAUACAUGCCAAUGGGAGCCAGCCAGAUGUCCGACCAUGUGAUCCAGAAUACUCUUGAGGAUGUUCCCCUGAGACCUCCUGAAAUCAGUUUGACAAGCCGAAGUCCCACCGACAUUCUCAUCUCCUGGCUUCCGAUCCCAGCCAAGUACCGGCGGGGCCAAGUCUUGUUGUAUCGCUUGUCCUUCCGCCUAAGUACUGAGAACACCAUCCAAGUCCUGGAGCUCCCGGGGACCGCGCACGAGCACCUUCUGGAAGGCCUGAAGCCUGAUAGUGUCUACCUCGUCCGGAUUGCUGCUGCCACCCGCGUGGGGCUGGGAGAGUCAUCGGUGUGGACGUCACAUAAGACGCCCAGAGCUGCCAGUGUGAAAGCCCCUAAGUCUCCAGAACUGCAUUUGGAGCCUCUGAACUGCACCACCAUUUCUGUGAAAUGGCAGCAGGAUGCUGAGGACCCUGCGGCCAUUCAGGGCUACAAGCUGUUCUACAAAGAGGAAGGGCAGCAGGAGCACGGACCUAUUUUCUUAGACACUAACGACCUUCUCCACACACUCAGCGGCUUGGACCCCAGAAGAAAAUACCACGUGAGGCUGCUGGCUUACAAUAAUGUAGAAGAUGGCUACCAGGCGGACCAGACUGUCAGCACGCCAGGAUGUGUGUCCGUUCGUGAUCGCAUGGUCCCUCCUCCGCCACCACCCCACCAUCUCUAUGCGAAGGCUAACACCUCAUCUUCCAUCUUCCUGCACUGGAGGAGGCCUGCGUUCACCACCGCACAGGUCAUUAACUACACCGUCCGCUGUAACCCUGUGGGCCUGCAGAAUGCUUCCUUGGUUCUGUACCUGCAAACGUCAGAAACUCACAUGUUGGUUCAGGGUCUAGAACCAAACACCAAAUAUGAAUGUGCAGUGCGACUGCAUGUGGACCAGCUCUCCAGCCCCUGGAGUCCUGUUCUGCACCAUUCUACUCUUCCAGAAGCACCAAAAGGUCCACCUGUUGGAGUAAAAGUGACCCUGAUAGAAGAUGACACUGCCCUGGUUUCUUGGAAACCCCCUGCUGGCCCAGAGACAGUCGUGACACGCUAUACCAUCCUGUAUGCGUCCAGGAAGGCCUGGAUUGCUGGAGAAUGGCAGGUCCUACACCGAGAAGGGGCAAUAACAAUGGCUUUGCUAGAAAACUUGGUGGCAGGAAAUGUGUACAUCGUCAAGAUCUCUGCCUCCAACGAGGUGGGAGAAGGACCCUUUUCAAAUUCUGUGGAGCUGGCUGUGCUUCCUAAGGAAACUUCUGAGUCAAACCAGAGGCCCAAGCGUUUAGACUCUGCUGAUACCAAAGUUUAUUCAGGCUAUUACCAUCUGGACCAAAAGUCGAUGACGGGCAUUGCUGUAGGUGUAGGCAUCGCCUUGACCUGCAUCCUCAUCUGUGUUCUCAUCUUGAUUUACCGAAGUAAAGCCAGGAGAUCAGCCACUUCCAAGACUGUGCAGAAUGGAACUCAGCAGCUGUCUCGUGCCAGCGCCUCCUUAGCUAGCGGGAAUGAAGCCGGAAAGAACCUGGAAAGAGCUGUAGAAAAUGAGGAAUCCUUGCUGCCAGUGAUAAUGCCGAAUACCUUCAUUGACGCCAAGGGAGGAACUGACCUGAUAAUUAAUAGCUACGGUCCUAUAAUUAAAAAAAACACUAAGAAAAAAUGGCUUUUUUUCCAAGGCUCUAAGAAGAUGAAAAUAGAGCAGCCUCAAAGAAGAUUGACUCAAGCCACCUGCUUUUACCAGCCAGGCACAACUGUGUUGGUCAGUGACAGAGGUGCCCCUGGCUCCCCAGGCCAGACCACCAGCUUCCCAAGGCCUUUUGGUGUUGCUGCUGACACUGAGCAUUCAGCAAAUAGUGAAGGCAGCCAUGAGACUGGGGACUCUGGAAGGUUCUCCCAUGAGUCCAACGAUGAGAUACACCUGUCCUCUGUCAUAAGUACCACACCCCCGACCUCUCAUUCCCUCGAGGGCAGUGAUUCCUGUGGGGACCCUGGCAAGUGUGAAGAUCCUGCAGUGCCCUUGGGAGCUGAGCAGACCUCCUCGGCAGUCCCACGGCUACCAUCUGCCUCCCUCCGCUUUGACAGCAACGAGUUUCCAAUCUAGACAGCCAUGCCCCUGUGUUCGUACCUGUAAGUGCGUUCCAAGGACUAUGAAAGGGGAGCCAAAGCCUUUUGAGAAAAUCUUCGUGUCUUACUGGGUGUUUCAGCCAUUUUUGAAUGUGUUUUCUUUUUUUUUUUUUUUAACUCACAUAUUUUGAAUGUUUCAUUGUCGGCAAUGUGAAAGGGCAGUGAAGAUAUUUGACUGGAUUAUAAAAUGUAUCACUGGAGCAAAGGGAAGACUUCUGAAAGCCCCUUUGCUGAGUAUCUACCUCAGUUUGCCAAGUGGCAGACUCUGAAGACAACUUUGUUACCUCCUGUGUUGUGAUAGUUUGUCUCAGCUACGUACCAAUGAUACUUCCUAGUAGCGUUUUGUUUUCAUUGCUGUGUGUGUAAUGUGUGUGAUCGAGGGAGCCACGCAGGUAGAUGAGUAAGAAUGUUUAUCUGAAGCUCUGAUUUUUUU